UGGCGCCGCGAGAUACUGAGUCGUGUUUUGAAAAUUGUUUUGUAAUCGUACAGCUUUAAUAUCGAGAUUGUGAAGAAAAGAGAAAUAAAGUUUCGUGAGCGACAAACAUACAAAACCGUGUUCCCCUAGUUCGUGUCCAUAUCGAACGGUUUUGUACGGGACGCGCCGGUCCGUGACAUGGCAACAGUGUGUGUGGUGUGUUUGCACCACCAACCAGUGUUCUGGGCGUGUGUAUUUCUCGCUCGACGUAUUUAGAAGACGUCUUUUAGAAAAAAAGAAUCGAAAAAGAACUUUAAGAGUAAUCGUUUAAGUUAUCGAGGUGUUAUUAAUAUAAAAAUUGUAGUGUUAAAAAAAAGUUAGGUUAAGUGACGAUUUUUUCUUGUGGGGGGCCCCUUAAACAAUAACAAUACCAACAGAAUAAAGAAAAAAAAUUAUGUUACGUCGCGUACAGGAGUUUGAGUAAUGAAAGCUAGUGCACAACCGGGUGGUAGAGAAGAUGCUGCUGUACCUUGCUGCAAAAAUGUGAAUAAAAGUUUAAACGGCUGUUCAUCGACAACGAACAAACCGUUGCAUAAUUACAAGUUUUAUUUGGACGUUAAAAAUCGAAUAAUCGCGAGUAAAGUUGAGUUAAAAAUAAAAGAAUUAGGAGGGGUUUUAGAAUUAUUUUUGAUAAAAGAAAUAACACAUGUUGUAACUGAUCGGGAAGGAUGUUGCAGUACUAAGGGGGGUGGGUCCCAACCCCGCACCCCCCAAUAUGUUCCUCAUGAAUUAUCCAGUAAUGAAUUUGGAACCACAAAUAAUGAGGAGAUUACUCCAAGAAGGGGCAGACCAAAAACACGUGCUGAUGCAAUGCUUGAAAGAGCCAGAAAAACUCCAACUGUCAUUACAAAAGAUCCACUGGAAGAAGCAAGAAAUUGGGGCAUUACCAUAUGGUCCAUUGAUAAAACGUUUGCUUUUUUAGAGCAAGUAUCAGCAUCUUAUAAGCUAUCAAAUAAAAAGAAAACGACGCAAAAGUUCUUUGAACUCAAGACUCCUUACAUUAAGUUUGAAGCAUUCAACAGACAAACUCGACCGAUUUUCCAAGAAAUACGGAACUGGCCCCAAUUAAACUUCCAAGGAUCGGCCGGCGACCCUGGCAUCGUCAUACGCUCGAACAUCGAGCGUAACAUGACUCGGAAGACCCGGUCAAACCCGCGUCUUGACACAGCACUACAACCCGGCUAUUGUGAGGUCUGCCGAGCAGAUUAUCUGCGACUUGACGAACAUCUUGAAAGCGACAAACACUUAACUUUCAUCAAGGACAAUUCCAAUUUUUUACAAUUGGAUACUUUAAUAUCAAACACCUCAAGCAUCAAUAAUUUCCUGAAAUUAAAUGGUGUCAAUAAACUGAUAGAGACAGAGCCUGUAAAGAAUAAGAAGAGGAUGCUAAGACCGAGAACAGUAUCAUUGUGUGAUAAAAUUAGAAAUUCUCCUUUAUCACCAACCGGAAGUGAAUCGAGUAAUAGUAAUAGAUUACGAUCGAAACGACAUUGCGCCGCAGUAACCAAUUACGUAGGUGCUUUGAUCGAUGAUGAUCAUCAAGUGGUGAAAACUGAAGGUGUCCGAGAACGGGAAUUAAGAUCGAGUACAAGGCAAUUACUAAAAUUAUUAGAAAAUGAGCAAAAAGAUACGUGGGAUUCGGGUCGACCGAAACGAGCGUGUAUUCGACAAAAACGACUUUCGAUCGAGGAUUCGAUCCCAUUGGAAAAUAAAAUGUAUUACAAAGUCGAAGUUUUAUCGAACAAAUUACGAUCGAGUAGCGAUUCCUCAAUUCAAAAAGAACAAAACCACGAGCCGGCGAAAAAGACCGCAAAAACGACGGAUAAUCAUAGCGAAGGAGUGGGGUCGGACAAAAAUAAAAGUUUAAUAGUGAAAUUUAAAAAGAUGCGUAGUUAUGAAUUGAGACAACUGAAUAACGAGGCAGAAAGUUUUUUGUUUCCGAAACGAGACGAAACAACCAGCUCUGAAGAAGAUGUUGACGCAGAUAAUCCAAAUACGACGGCCAGCGUUGGCGGUGACAGCACAAUUUUGUUAUCGAGCGAAAGCGAAGCGCAUACAACGCCUAAAAGAGAAGAAGUUAGACAUCUUGAUGAGGCUUCCUUGGAUAGUAACUGGUCGGAAUGUAGUUCGAAGAAGAAGAAGCGAAGGACGCAUGCUGAAGCUUUUAUUUUGGAUAACCAAAAGUAUUAUAAAUUUGAAACACCUGGAUCAAGGUUGAGAUAUCAUGGUUCUUAUUUAGCUCCAGUUGCAACAGACUCAAAAUCACCAAAAUCUUCAAAAUGUAAUGGAGAGCAUUCAAGUAAAAUUAUAAAACUCGAUGGAAAAUGUUACGAUCUAAACAUAAAAGGAGAAAAAAGCGAUGUAUUUGAUUAUAAAACUUUCGAAUUUUCGUUUGAGCGAGCUCCAACGUGCGAAUCUUGGUACUCAACGUUUCAACGACAGGAUGAAGGUCAAGAAUCUUACAAAAAAUUCACUGAUUUAGAUUACAAAAAACCAUUUCUUUUACCAUAUGAAAUAGGUCCUUUACCGCCUUUAGAUCCUCGUUUUUGUAUCAAAUCCUACAAAGAACUCAAAAAAGAACUAAUUCAACAAAGCCUAUCAACAACAUCCGCCGGAAGUAACACUCCUACUCAAAACCAAAUUGAAUUGAAUGAAGAAAACAGUAAAGAAAGUGAAGAUUCAUCAAUAACCAACGAUCGAGAUGAUUUUGACGAACAUGGGAAAAGUAAAAGUGGUAAAAAUAGGAAAGUUAUGGCCUUAGGCAAAAACCCAAGAAAAUCUCCACGUCAACAUGCAUCCACUUUAGCAAUUUUAAGCAGCUUACUACAUCAAAGAAAAAGACGAAGUGAUAAUAACAAAUCAAGUUCAGAAUUAGAUAAAACACUUCCAACGAUACAAGAAAAAGAAGAAGAUCAAGCAAAAAGUGUAGAUGAAAAAGAAGACGAAGAAAUAAUUAUUUAUAAAGGUCCAGAGGGAAAAGUACAAGAAAUCGUUCGGGAAAAUGAAAGAAUCGCGAAAAGAAUCGAUGAAGAAUGGUUCAACUUUGGUUUAUUAAACGAUUUAGAAUUAAAUUUAUCAGAAGAAGAAACGGUUUUAAUAAACGCAAGAUUAAAAUUAAGCGCAAUCGAAUUAUUAAAUAAUUUCGAUGAUAAAGACAACAACAGUUUUACACCAGCCAAAAAAUUAUUUUCAACAGCGAAAAAACCGUGGAGGAAAAAGAAAAAGAAUCGAACCGGAUGGCCGAAUAAAAACAGUAAACGGCGGAAAGAAGAAUCGAAAGAUAAUUUUUGUUGUAAUCACAAAGAACUUAAUAAUAGUGGGGCAUUAAAAAAUCAUAGCCAAAAAACAAAAAAUAACUGUAAUAAUUUUAGUGACCAAAGUACUACAGAUAAAACAAAAAGUGUACCGAUAAAAAAUGUAAAUAGUGUUAUUUUAGAUGAUAAUCAAGUCAUUUUGAAUGGUAAUGACGAUGAUCAAGACAGGGUAUUAAAUAAAAUUAAUAAAUUAAAAAAACAAGAUGACGAUAACGAUGAAGGUGAACAAUUUAAUAGUGAAAAAGACGAUUUGAAUAAUAAAAAAGAUAUUGAGUGGGAUAACAGUCCUAAAGAAAAAGUUUUAAUGGCAAAAGUGACAAACGGUAGUGAAGUGAGCAAUAAUGAUAAAGAUUUGUUACAGCCGGUUGUACGUGUACAAAAAUUAACGGAAAAAAUUAGUUCAAAGAAACGAGCGAAAAGCGGCUCGUCCCCAAACAGGACAGUUAAAAGACCUCGCAGGACGCCGCCCUCGCCGAAAUCACCCCGGAUUUUAAGAAAACCGAGGGGUCGGUGGUAUCGCGAACGAUAAAAAAAAAUAAAAUGAAUUCUCACGAAUUCAAAAUGAAAAAA